AUGGAAGGCGAUGGUAAUAAGCCGGAUCAGACUGAUAGGUCGUUGUUUCAUCAUGGACCUGGUCAUGGCGCUCCUGCUCCAGGAUAUGGUGCCCCUGCUUAUGGUGCUCCCGGUGGAUAUGCUCAUCAUCCAGGGCAGUACUCACCUGCGCCGGGAGCUUAUCCACCUGCUGCUGUACCUCCACAAGGUUAUCCACCAGCAGGCUAUCCUCCUGCUGGCUACCCACCAGGUCCAGCUGGUACAGGUGAGGCGGCGGCAGGAGCAGCUACGUAUGGGCAUGCAGGGUACGGUCACCAUGGGAACCAUGGAAAGUUCGAACAUGGUAAGCAUGGACCUGGUCAUGGAGCUGGCCACGGGCCUGGGCAUGGAAUGCACCAUGGAGGGAAGUUCAAGAAGCACAAGUGA